UCGUCGAGCGACCGCCUCAGUUGGGUUUUCUUUGUUGUCCGGGUCGCCACAAGUUAGAGCGACCUCCGCGCCAAGGUUUUCCCACGCCCACCCGCCCCGAUCCGACAUCACCGCAUCCGCGCAUCCUCGGUCCAUCAUGUCCUGUCAUCCUCAGACUCCGCAAAGCCCUUCCCAGUUCUCUCCUAACACGAGCGACCUGAUGAUGAGCAUGACCGGCUCCGUCACGUCGACCACGACCACGCUGCCGACCCCCGCCCACAGCGUCAACGGAAGCUCGAUACCGUCGGAAAUGACGCAAGACACCGCCAUGGGAGACGACUCCCCGCACAAGCGCAAGAGAGAUGUCGAUGACAUGGGAAGCAGAGCGCAGAAGAAAGUUCACGUCGAGGACCGCAAUCUUGGUAUCGACGACCUUCAUUUGGAUGUCGGCGAAAAAUACCUUCUUUGCAGAACUCCGCACCCCCGGCCCCGGCCUGACGCGUCGGAAGAUCUCUUCGAGCAAUAUGGAUUGACGGGGCUCGCUAUCGAGGUUGCCCGUGUGCUGCCGAACGGCGAAAAGAAUGCGCUUAGGAAAACGUAUAAAGGCCACAUCAAGAAGCUGGGCGUGCAAGGCCACUUCGACGAGGACAAGCAAGACCCCAACCGAGAGUACGGCCUGUCGUACCUCAUGAAGCUGCCCCAAGAUGUCUGGGAUCUUCAACACGUCCGGGGGCAGGAUAUCAGAGAUGGCUUCACCGCCGAGGUGCAGCAGAAGCUAUCGAGAGCUAUGACCAUGAGCAAGGGCGUCGUCCCGAGGGCUCAGUGGGAUAGUUCUGUCCUGGGGGAACUCGGCCCCGGCAAGGGCGAGAGACAAGCACUAUCGGCUAGACCGACGGCGCCCAACACUCCCAUCCCCUCUGCAGGCCCUCAAGGCCUCUCCCGGCCUAAGACUGGCACCCCCCUCCUGCAGGAUGCAUCCAGGUCGAUGCGGACCGUUAAGAAACGAAGCUACGGUGACAGCAGCUUCGAAGGAUACGGCGAGAGUUACGACGACGAGGCCGGCGCCGAUACCGGUUACUCGACCGGAGAGGGCGACAUGGUCUCUGGCCAAAAGCGGAGAAAAAAGGUGCUCAUCAAUGACUACGAUCCAGUCUGAUGAGAAACCUUUGCUGACCCAGAAACAGUCCCAUCAAGCGCACCAGUCGUACUCCAACCAAACCCGGCAGCCGGCUUAUAGUGCUGGCAUCACCGGGACCUAG